AUGGAUCUGUCUUCACUUUACCAGAACGUUUCGGCGAGUCUCGCGUCUUUGUCCCUUGUCUAUAAAAUUCUCUUUGCAAUUGUUGUCAUUCUUGUUCUGAAUAAAGCCUACUGUGGCCGAAGCAAGGGGUAUAAGAAUUUACCAGCCUAUGCACCAAUUGAACUUGCUAUUGCCAGUUAUAUCCUCAGUGGAGAUGGCAUUAGCCGACGAAUCUUUUCAGCUGUAAGCCGCUACGAAGGCUCACUCUUUGGUAUCACUUCAGGGCAUCAGAUUGUGGCCGAUCUUCCAGGCAUAGAGCGUCUCUUGACACAGUCUCACCAUAUUUUCGACUCUACCCCAGCACAGUAUUCACUCUGUACGCUUGUUUUUGGAAGUACCGAUUCUCCUCAGUUGAGGGAAAAGUUACAUACUUCUCUGAAAGACCUUGUCCCUCCUCUGGAAAGAACCUUUCUCAACGAUGCUGCAUCUACUGCUGCUGUUGAGAGAUCAAGUGUUGCUGAGCGCGGUGCAUCACUCGUUACCUUCUCUUCUGACCCACAACAUAUGGCACGCUGGGAACUAUCAGCAGGAAUCAAGGUUCUACAGUCGGAGCAACCAGGUGUCCCAGGAAAAGUCGAAGCGAACUUGCAAAGCUUGACCCGUGACUUUGGGGCCUGCAUGUCCAUCCCUCUCAUCUACGGUCAAGAUCUUCUCGACCGCCAUCCUCAACUCCUCGACGACUUUUGGGCUUUUGAUAAUGAGCUGUUUCCUCUGCUUAUGGUUGGAAUUCCCAAAUGGGCUCCCUUUAAAAUGAUGCAGGAUGGACUCAAAGCGAGAGCCAGAAUUAUCGAUAGUCUGGAGGGUGUUUACCAACGUGUUGAGCAAGAACGACGAGGAGAACCGAUUGAUUUUGGCGCCGAUAUCUCAGAUGUCAGCACAAUGCUGCGCGAACGAAACAAGGUUUAUAACCGAGAUGGUUGGACCCUUAAAGAGCGUGCUGCUGCUGAUCUCGGUACUUUCUGGGGUCUGAAUGCCAAUACUCAGCCUGUCUUGUUCUGGUUUUUACUUUACGCUUAUUCUACUCCUGGAUUGCUUGAGCGAAUCAGGCAAGAGAUUUCGCCUUAUGUCACUCUAUCUGGAGGGGAGCGACCAGAAAUUACUUCUAUGAAUUUUCAGAGUCUGUUCAGAAACUGUCCCCUCUUCAAAGCUUGUAUUUUUGAGACGUAUCGCCUAGUCAAUGAGCCAACAUCAAUCCGCCACGUGUCUCAAUCAGUCAGUGUCAACGAUGGCAAUCUUCAGCACAACCUGAACGAAGGCACAUACAUCUCUGUGCCCUUAGCUCUCAGGAACAAGGACCCUGACCUGUACCAAGACCCAGACUCUUUUAUCCCUGAUCGGUUCCUCGACACGGACCCCGAGACAGGAAAGUCGACAGCCCGAUAUGGAAAGUUGAAGCCGUGGGGUGUCGGAGCUGCCAUGUGUAAGGGACGUACAUUCGCAGAGAAGGAGAUCAUCUCUUUGGGUUCGGCUGUCGUGAGUCUUUGGAACAUUGCUCCGGUUGAUGGAAAUUGGAAGUUACCUGCCAUGAUUCCUGGGACUGGAGUCAAGAAGCCAGUUAACGACAUACGUGUGGUUGUGCAGAGAAGAGUAGUAGUAUAA